AUGUACCCUGAGGAGAACCGUGGGGGUGGAGGGGCAGCCUCCAUUGACUACCUGGAGGGAGUGGAUGACUACACUGCCCAUGCCCCUGGCCUCGUCCCCUUCUACAGUUCCUCCACCGCGUCCCUGGAUGCCCAUGGACCCCCCUCGGACGGCAGCCUGCAGUCACUUCUGUUUGUGCCCUCCACUCCCCAGCUCAGCCCCUUCCUCCUCCACACCAGCCUCCCCAGCCAGUCUAUCUACCUGGAGAUCUCCUCCACACCCGUAAACAGGUCGAGUGUGGUAGCCAAUCAGCAGUCAGUGUCCCAGGAGGAGCUCAGCAGCGCCUCCGACACUGUGGUGGAGUCAGGGUCAGGCUCAGGUUCAGGGCCAGGGGUCGGUGUGUUAGAGAUGGUCAAGGAGACUAGGUACUGUGUGGUCUGCAGUGACUAUGCCUCUGGGUAUCACUACGGAGUUUGGUCCUGCGAGGGCUGCAAAGCCUUCUUCAAAAGGAGCAUCCAAGGUCACAAUGACUACAUGUGCCCUGCGACCAACCAGUGUACCAUCGACAGGAACCGUAGGAAGAGCUGCCAGGCAUGCCGCCUCAGAAAGUGUUACGAAGUGGGCAUGAUGAAAGGAGGCUUGCGAAAGGACCACGGUGGGCGGGUUCUCCGGAGGGAUAAGCGGCGUGGUGGCACUGCUGGUGACAACAGUGUCCUGGAGCACAGCAAAGCGUCCCCUCAGGAUAGUAGCAAGAACAGCAGCUUCGGUGGUGGUGGAGGAGGAGGAGAAGGGCGGCUCAAGAUCACCAUGCCUCCUGAACAGGUGCUGUUCCUGCUGCAGGGUGCGGAGCCUCCAGCCCUGUGUUCUAGUCAGCAGUUGGGCCGUCCCUACACAGAGAUCACCAUGAUGACCCUGCUCACCAGCAUGGCUGACAAGGAGCUGGUACACAUGAUCGCCUGGGCUAAGAAAAUACCAGGUUUCCAGGAGCUGUCUCUCCAUGGCCAGGUGCAGUUGCUUGAGAGUUCCUGGCUGGAGGUGCUGAUGAUCGGACUCAUUUGGAGGUCCAUCCCCAGCCCUGGGAAACUAAUCUUCGCCAAGGACCUCAUACUUGACAGGAGUGAAGGGGACUGUGUGGAGGGCAUGGCUGAGAUCUUUGACAUGCUCCUGGCCACUGUGUCUCGCUUCCGCAUGCUCAAACUAAAGCCUGAGGAGUUUGUGUGUCUCAAAGCCAUCAUCUUGCUUAACUCUGUCUGUAAAGAAAAUUCUAACGGGAACCACACCUGUGCCUUCUCCUUCUGUUAUUACUCUGUGGAGUCCCUCCACAACUGCCCGGCGGUGCAAAGCAUGUUGGACAACGUCACUGACGCCCUCAUUCACCACAUCAGCCAAUCAGGAGCCUCGGUGCAGCAGCAGUCCAGACGGCAGGCCCAGCUCCUGCUCCUGCUCUCACACAUCAGACAUAUGAGCAACAAAGGCAUGCAGCACCUGUACAGCAUGAAGUGUAAGAACAAAGUGCCUCUGUACGACCUGCUCCUGGAGAUGCUGGACGCUCACAGGAUCCACUCCCCAGGCAAGGAGGCCCAAGCCUGGGGACAGGCCAAGGGGGAGCCCCUCUCUACCAAAUGCUCCAGCAUAGGACCCAAGCAAGGCAACCAAGAUACCCAGCUCAGAAGCCCCGGUCCUGGGGUACUCGAGUAUGGCACUCCACACUCUGACCGGAGCCCCAUUCCAUGAUGAGAUAUAGAAAUAGGUAUUUGUAGAUAUGGAAGAUGUAAAAGUCCUUCCAUGCGAUAUAGUAUAUGUAGAGAAAUAUUGACAUUUGUGGUGGUGAGAGUAGAUAAAA